AUGGCUCUGUUGACACUCCACAGGAACCCAUCCAUUUCCACUGCUUCUGUGAGUUCAGCCAUGUUCAAGCCUAACUGUACACAAACAAUUGUCAAAUAGCAAGAUAUGCAGUUUGUAAAUUUUCUCUGUAAAGGCUGAUGCAGAAUUAUAAGAGCUGUCAAUCUAAGUUUUGCAUGCAGGGGCAGUCAGUGCUGAAUGAGUGCCUUUGUUGAUAUCAUCACCAAGUUUGCCUGAAUGAUAAAGAGCCUAAUGUGUAUUUUCAGAGAUGUGAUUGGAUUAAUGUGUUUACUGAUUAAGUAGAUAUGAGCUCAUCAAAGCGGUUUAGAAAGCAAUUGAAUCAACCUCUAUCAGUCCAAACACUCACUGCCACUGUAUUUGUCUGGUGUACAUAAACACAUGAGCACAGUUUCAUCAUUUCACUCUGUCUCUGUCAUGAGUUAACUGGCUUCUCUGUGCAGUCACAGUCAUCAUUGACAGCUUAACCAUAAAUGACCAGAUUGUUGGUCUCAUUUUUUGCAUAUUUUGCCACUGAAUCUAAUCACUCUAUAUCUUAACUUGUGCUCUCUCCUUUUUCCUUCUUUAAACCCUCAUCAAUCCUCUCCUGGCUCCUGCCCACUUCUCGUCUUUAUUUUCUUUUUUUUCUUUUUUUUGACUCUUGUCUGGACUUGUCAGUUGCGUAACAGGUAAUGUUACUGUCUUCAGUUUCUUUCUCUGUAAACCUUUGUUGCUACUGCUACUUCUCUCUCUUCUCCUGCACUCUAAUUUGUAUCUUUCUAUCAUUUUACUUUAGAUAUCUUUAUUUUCCCUCUUUAGUGCCUUCUCCCUUUUGCUCACAUGUCACUUCAGUCUUCAACUGCAUCUUAUCUAUGUUGCACCAUAUUUCACCCAAGACAUUAGAGAACAUGUUUUCCGGCCUCAUGUGUCGACAUUUUUCAACAGGAAAAGCUUCACACACACUUUCUCCAGUGCUCCUAGGAAGUUAGUUGUAGCAUUUGAACACUGACUUACUCAUCAAGUUAGAGACAUGUCACCUCAGGAGCAUUAGAUUAAUGACUUUUAUAAGUCUUUUUAUUUGAUUGGUGUUAUUAGAGCCCCAGCAUUAGAUUACUGAGGUUUGAUGUGUACAUUUAAAAACUCUUUCACAGUGACUGUCUGCAGAAUAGAUAUGUUAAUCUAUCAUAAAUCACACAUACAAUAGAGGGGGAAUGGAUUUACUUUUACAUCUUCAUCAUGAGGCUUUGUUGUCUUAAAUUUGAUUUUUUAAGGAUGAAGGCUCCCAAAGACGAGGCAGACUCCAGAAAAGGUAGAUGUGCAUCUCUCUGGUUUUUAUGUUGCCAUCGGACAAAGUGAUUCCCUGUUCUCUAACGGAGCUCUUUCCAUCGAUAGGGAGAGCUUUGCCCUCGUGAAGGGAGCUGUCCUUUUGCUGGAAGAAGACGAGAGGGAGGGCCUCCGCGAGGAGACUUCUCCCCCUCUGACAUCUCCGACGAAGGAAGGGGAUGGAGCGUCAGACAAACGGCACAGGCAGAUUCACGCCAUGGUGGAACAGCUCCGACCGGAAGACACCAUCAAGCUGGUGAGGACUGCUGUGUCUGUGCAUAUUACAAAUUCAGAUCAGCAAGGCUUCAAUAAUAGUGUGCAGAAAGAAUUUUCAUUAAUGAAGUAACCUCUUCCAUAAACAUGCUUCAACUUGCGUCAUAUAGACGUCUUAAAUUCAGCACUGAACUCGCUCUAGAGUUGGUGUCAGCUAUGUUUUAUGUGGUGAAGGAUAUGUGCAGUGUCAUGGCACAUGAAAAAUAAUUACAGAGUCUUUGCUAAUGACACGAGUGGUUUCAUAGUUCUGCUCUCAGUUACAGAAGAUCAUUCAGCCAGUUAUAGUUUUAUUGCCACAGUCUCCUGGUCUUGUGCUUACCUACGUAUAUAUAAUAACAUCCCUUCCACACAGUUUAGUGUUAGUAGUUAGCAAAUAGCGUCAUUUCUUGGUAUUAGUGGACAAACUUUGCACAAAGACACACAUUUUAUGCAGUUGGACUGUUGGAGAAGUUCACCAGUUCAUCAUCAGAAGAGGUAGCAGCAUUUUUACAUCCAGCAGAGGUCACAUGCAGGAAGUCUGAACAUUGUCACUUGUUUAAAUAGUUAUAGUCUACCUGUGAAUUCAGUAUUUCUGCAGAUGUAAGUUGGGUGUAUACUGUGGCUGGGAGAUAUGUGCGACAACUCAACUGCCGUUCACGGUCUACAUUUUUCCGAAUUCCACACCCAUGAAUUACACCGGCCGCUUCGCAUGCCUCAGCCAGCAUAGUUCAUCGAAUCAGCAUGUAUCUGUUGUUGUGCAAAGCCUCCUAUUCAUUUUGAUGUUGACCAGUAGGUUUUGUAGGCAGCAUAUGGAGUCAGGUUUGUCUUUUGUUGUCAUGUAUCUUACCAUUGUGUGUUUACUGAUAGGGUUAAUAAACUCAAAAUAAGAGGAUAAAAAAGCAGAUAUCAUUAAAAACAAAUACUGACUAUGAACCAUGUGAUAAGGCCUGAUAAAAGAUGCUUGUAUUAGAGUGUCAGAUUAAAGUGUAGCAGACUAACCAGAAUAGAGAGGUUCAGAAGAUUGUUUGGAAUCAAAUGGUAAAAAGGGUUUAAAAAGAGAAAAGUCAUGAUCUUUUCUGUGGAUUCUUGUCAGUGUUUCAGUGUAAAGUAUAAGUAUUUGCCAGGAAAGUUACUUUCUACUUUGUUGGUUACAUUUUUAAAACCCUGAACAAGACUAUAUAAAUAAACGAAUUUCCGUACUCCUCAUGCACAUCCUUCUUUUGCUUCUGGUCUCUAACCCUCUUGUUAUUUGUACUCUGUCUUGCAGGCGGUGCAGUUGGAGUCCGUUAGUUCAGUCAGAGUCAGGUAUCUGAUCGUAGUCUCUACCCUCGGAAACAAACAAGAGAGCGUCCUGCUGGGCAUGGAUUUCCCCAACUCAGACAGGUGUGUGUAACCAAAACUCUGGUGUAAAGUGUCACAAAGAAAGCACAAGAUAAGAGGAGUCCAUUGGAUUAGUAAGAUCUGGUUCAGAUUUGACAAGAUAAAGCUCUUUCUAAGUCGAGUGUCUUUACCUCCUUAUUUCCCCCUCUACAGUGAUGAGUGCACCAUUGGCCUGGUUUUACCAGUGUGGAGCGACACACAGGUUUAUCUGGACGGAGAUGGGUAAGAAAUGCUUUUAAACAAGGAACAGAGAUUAAAAUUAAAAAAGCAAAAGCAAAGGAUUCCAUGAGGCUGCAGCACAGACGGGGCAGUCUAAUGUCUGGGACACCAGCCAGAGAUAAUGUGACUGAGUAAUGUGUCUAUUUAUGGAGCUGAAUCACUCUCAAUAAAUUACAACUGCUGCUAUCACUCCCUCAGAACCCUUGUAUAAGCAGAGUAUCGUGUGUUUUUGCAACAAAAUGAAAGCAAAGGAGUUUUUGAAUCUCUCUGUUUCUGGACUAAAUGUUUAGUUGAAACGUGCGUCAGCCUGUUAAUGUUCUAGUGCCUCAGGGAUGUGAAACAUUGGCUAUGAUUAGAGGUUAUUAUUUGCUUGUGUCCACUCAUCACGGUGCAAAAACUCUUCUCUUUCUCCUCUGGGGGGAGAAAGCAGAGAAAGGUGCUGUUGCAGUUAACAUUAACAGCUCUUAGAGCAUAAAGGCUAACCCAGAGCAUUUGAUCCGCUGUGUUUAAACUAAUGAGCUGUGGUAGUUUAGUGUGACAGGCAUGACACUCUCAGCAUGUACAACCCCCAUGAGGCCAGAUCACACCUCCAACCGUGCUAAUUUUUCUCUCUGUCUGUUUUCACAUGUUCAUCCUCCGCUUUUUUACAAGAACUGCUGCUAAUUAACUCUGAAUAAAUGAAUAAUACCUCUGACGAUUCAACAAUACUUCCUGUCAUCACUACAUUCACAUUUCUGCCUUGAUCUACCUCCGAUUUAUUAUUGUAGCUCAUAUUUCUGUCCUUCUCGCAGUGGUUUCAGCGUGACGUCAGCUGAGGAGACCAGAAUUUUUAAGCCUGUUUCCAUGCAGACCAUGUGGUAGGUAAUAAUGCUGACAACUCUAUGUUUAAGUUGAAUCAUCAGUGUCCUUGUUAUGUCACUCUGUACAAUCUUUGAACUCAACAGUAAGAGACACAAGUUAAGAGUUUUUUUUAAACUGGUUUGUAUGGGAACUCCUCAUCGAUCAGUGUAAUUGUUGCUGUGGGAGGUGAUCAUAACAGCCCCUGUGUGAAUAUGGAAUACAUAAGUGUUCUUAUAUAUACUCCUAUGAAUGAGGUUGGCUGAAAUAGGGCCUAUUCUGUAUCUACUGUAGGUAAUAUGUCAACUAUUAAAAACAUCUGAAGACUUAAUUUAAAAAUUGCAGAUAAUCUGUAAUCUUUGAUAAUCUCUGCAAUUUUAAGAUUGUAAUCAUUCGCAAAAAUCAGUAAUCCUAACGUAAAAUAUCUGCACUGCUGUAAGGUCCGUGCUGCAGGUGUUGCAUGGUUGCUGUGAGCGAGCGGUGAAAGCAACCGUGAUCCCAGGAAAUGGCCUCGAAUGGGCGCAACACUACCAGCAACACGUCGAGUCAGACCGCUUCUGCCUCAACGAGUGGGAGGCCAUGGAUGACCUGGAGUCGGUCCGCAAAGACAGCGACGGACAAUUGUAACUGACAGACCUUGAAGUUGAAAUCAAAUUAAAGUGGUCAUUUUUAGUUUUCCCAUGUCUGCAGGUGCUUAAUUAUCCUUUUUUGUUGUUUGUUUGUUUGAAAAGUUCUGCAGAGAGAGUUUCCAAUGAGGCGCUGAUCAAAGAGCACCUACGAGACAUCAUGAUGAUUGCAGACUUGGCCAACCUUACAUCUAAAAUGGUGAGACGUGCAUUCAGAAAGGGGAAGUUGGCUGCUGCUAGAGUUUGCUAAAGCAUGUCUAUAGAAAAUCGAAGAUAAAAUGCUUGGAUGCAAGUACAAAUGUUCUUCUUUUGCUGCUGUAGGUCCACUGUAGCCUGAAAGAGAGGAUUGCCUUCGACAUAAGACCCUAUAAGGAGUACAUAGACAAUGAGAUCCUGGUCACCAUGGCCCAGAUGGACAAACCCUCUAAAAUCUUUGACUACCUGUACCUGGUGAGCAGUUGUUUGCCUUUGAAAACAGUAAAAGUUUACCCCUCAUGGUGAUACACCUCAAUACUUUUGUUUCACUCUUGGCUCUGAAAGUCGCCUGCUGUCAUCAGGAUGUUUUCAUGUGACUGUACUUCCUCUUUGUGGGAGACUUGUGUUGACAACGAUAGGGGAGAUGACUCUGCAAGCGCUUUCCUUUUUUUUUGUCGCCUUUGCCCUCGACUGAUCCUCUCCGUUUUUGUCUGCUUUCAGGGCUCAGAGUGGAAUGCAGCUAACUUUGAGGAGUUACAGAAAAACAAGUCAGUGUUUCCUGCUGUGACACUUUGUGUUGCUCUGCGCUGUGACAAAGGGAAUACUUAAUUCUGCUCUGCUGUCUCUGUCAUUUCAGCGUGGGCUAUAUUCUGAAUGUGACCAGGGAGAUUGACAACUUUUUCCCAGAGUCUUUCACUUACAUGAACAUCAGAGUGUACGAUGUGGAAUCCACAGACCUGCUGGCUCACUGGCCGGACACAUACAACUUCAUCAACUCUGCAAGGUUGUCACCUACAUGUCAGAAAAUUCACACUUUUAAAAGCUACCACAUGAAGUUUGUCAAGUUUGUUGUUGCUAGACUCUGAAAUCCUAUCAACAAUCGUGAGGUGACAUGUUUGCAAAACUAAACUUACACAUCAUUAACUACUUCCUGUAUAUUGUCAUGUGAAUUGCCUUUCUAUGGUAAAAUGAUAGGAACCAGUGCAGGUUUUUGAAGUCAAAUUGGAUGUUUUGGGGAAAUUCGCUCAGUUACAGGAAAUUGACACUAUUUUUGGAUCUUCCUGCCAAAUAUAAACUUGACACACAAGAUGGUUAUUUCGACACAGAGUUGAGUAGAAGAAGGGAACGGCAAGCCAAGCUAUCAAAUAUCGAAAUCAGCACUUCUAAAGGUGCCAGACUAUAUCUUGGUACUCAGCAGUUGCUAGGUAACCAGUGGUGCUUACUUUGCCUGGCCUAGCAUCAGUCCCAAACACGACUUCUUAAGGUGUAAAAACAGAAUUUGCCCACACAUGUAUCUGAUAUGUGAAAAGGUGUGUUAGAGUUGUAAAAGGGUGGAUUUAUUUUAUACCUUUUUGACAUGAAAAGGCUUCUGUAUUUGGUCUGAGCUCUUGCAAACCAAAAGCUAGAUGUAGCUUCAUAUUUAGCAUCCAUCCAUUAGACUGUAAUCAAUCUUUUUUGUCUCACUCUCAAGGAGAAGUAGAUAACUUUUUAAAUUUUCUAAAAAUGUUCAUUAGUUCUUGAUAUGAUGGACUCUCCUGCUGAUUGUACUUGACUAGUUUGACAGUUUUGAGAUAUUGCACUUAAUUUGAAUCCAGUUUGAGCUCAGAAGAUGAAACAAGUCAGCUCUCAGCUGCAUAAUUUUUACAAACAAAACAGAGAAGUGCUGCUUUUCUGUUAUUAAGUACUCAGUGAAGCAGAUUAUCAGCUGACUUUACACCUUCAUCCUGCCUAAGCUUUUUAAUUUAUAUCACCAAAACUUGUGAGUGAUACUCUUGUUACCUUUGUGCAUCACAGGAAGAGCGGACAGGCGGUGUUGGUACACUGUAAGAUGGGCGUUUCCCGCUCUGCAUCCACAGUGAUAGCCUACGCCAUGAAGCAGGAGCGCUGGCCUUUGGAUGUGGCAUUGAACUACGUCAAAGACCGCCGCUCCGUCAUCAAGCCAAAUGAAGGCUUCAUGAAGCAGCUACAGACAUACAACGGUAUCCUCAAUGCAAGGUCAGGCUUCUGUCCAUCACCAGGGACGUUGAAUUUAACACGUGCAUACAUUAAAUUUUUCACUGUCUGCAGCUUUUCAGAAUGAUCGAUGUUUUUGCUGAUGUGAUGACUGUGUUUUAUUGCUUCAUAUUUCCAGCCAGCAGCGCCACAGCGCUCUCUGGAGGCGAAAGUCUCGAGAGCACAGGCAGAAGUCAGUGCACAAACAGGAGGGAGAGGAGGACAAAAAGCUAGAAGAAGGAGAAGAAGAAGAUGAGGAUGAAGAACUUGACUCUGAGGAGGAGGAUGUGGAGAGUUCAGAAAAAGAAGAUUCAGCAGAAGAGGUAUUGCAAUAAGUCAGUAAUAUGUUAUCAGCAUUUUAAGCCUUGAAGAUUUUUUUCAGUCUUUAUUUUCCCAAACCCACCCAGGUCUUUGAAGAACCAAAAUCCAAAUCUGAUACUGACCAGGGACCUGAACCGGCAGACACUAGUCCUGUUAUAACUGUAAAUGAACCAGAGAAGGUGAGCACGCAAAAACAGAAAGACUGCUUCGAAAGCUGUAAAAAUCACUUCAGUUCAUUUUGUUUCUGCUUCACAAUUUCUUGUCUUUCUUGUAUUUCAAGGUGGUCCCAAGCGUGAACCGCAGUGGCAGGAUGAACCUCUUCUCUCUCAUGCAGUCCAUCAGUGAGCUGGACGAUGAGGAUAAAGGGCAGGUAAAAGCUCCUUAUAGUUUUCAUGUUGCACACACUUUCUUUGAUCAGAGUAACCAGAGAAUAUUCAUGUUAGAUAAAGAUGUGUGUGAAUGUGUGUUUCCCUUUAAUUCUUAGUCAGAUGCUGCUCAGAUUUAUUUUUCACUUUAGUUCCAGUACUCUUUCAUUUCAGCUGAACACCUUUAACUCUGAACUUCUUCUCAUUUUUCUACAUUCGAAGCUCCCUGGUAGUCCACGGCGGUCCCCGGUGCAACGGAGACGGAGUCAGGGGAGACGGGGUCUAAUCCACCAGGCAGCGUGUGUGGAUGUCUCACCUGAACCAAGAAGUCUGCCUAACAGUGGACAGAGCAAACCCUAA